AUGUUGCUCUCCUCGGUAGUUAUUGGUGCAUUUGCUGCCCGAGCUGCUGCAGGGAGAAAAUCUGGGGAUGGCUUCGAUACUCUUGUGACGUUCGGGGACAGUUACACAGACAACGGGCGCCUAGGAUACUAUAUAAACCACAACGGGAAUCCUCCGGCGCCUGGGCAGUACCAGACUGUGUCAACUACUACUGCCAGCGGCGGCUUGACUUGGGCACAGUUCGCUGCUCAAAACGCCAAGGCGAGCCUCGUCGACUACGCCAUCAGUGGUGCAACAUGCUCCAACAAGAUCAUUUCGCGCUACUUCUCGGCCAUCAACAAACCCUUCCCGUCGGUCUUGGACGACGAGAUCCCCUCGUUCAAAGCUGAUGUCUCGUUCAAGGCGCUCUACGCUGACCGGACGGCUGACAAUACCGUAUAUGCGCUAUGGAUCGGAACCAACGACCUGGGCUAUGGCGGCUUCUUGUCCGACUCGCAGGCGCCGAGCACCACCAUAACGAACUUUGCGAACUGCAUCUGGUCAGUGUUUGACAGCAUCUACAAGACAGGGGGUCGCCGGUUUGUGCUCCUCAACGAGGCGCCCCUAGAGUUGUCUCCCCUAUAUGCCACCCCUCAGAACGGGGGGACAUACGACAGCCAGUUCUGGGGCAACAAGACGCUCUACAACGUGACCGAGUACAGCUACAAGAUCAAGGAGUACACGACUAACGUCAACACCAUAUUCGAAUACGGCGUGCCUUUCCAGCACAAGAUCAAGUCGCGGUGGCCCCAGGCGACGUUUGACAUCUUUGAUGUCCACAGUCUGUUGACCGAGAUUUAUAUUAAGCCAUCUCAGUACCUGGAUGCUCCGUAUAACGCCACGGGGUAUUGGCACCACUGCUCGGCCACAAACAAUUCGGCGUGCACUGAUCUGACGAACCUGGGGCCACGGUCUGGCUUUCUGUGGUAUGACGAGCUGCAUCCUUCAGAGAAGACAGACUCUAUCAUUGCAAAGCAUUUUCUUGACGUGGUCGCUGGGAACUCGACAUUUGGAACUCGCUAUGACUGA